AUGGACAAAUUCUGUGCAGAAUAUUUACGUCGAAGUGCUCACCAAGUUUUAACUUCCGCCGGUUUUGAAAAAAGUUCAAGAAUAGCUGGUGAAGUUUUUGCGGAUGUCUUAAAAGAUUAUUUAUUAUGUUUGGGUAAAUCCACUCACGAACGUGCUACCAACACGGGAAGGAUAAAAGUUACUUCUACAGACGUUUUGGCAACUUUUGAAGAAUUGGGAAUUAAUAUUGAGGAAUUAAAAGAUUGGGCUUCAAGUGAAGGCAAAAUAUUGGGAAAGUUCUUGGGUCCUCAACCUCAUAUCUUGAAAGAUUUAUUAAGGAGAGGACUUCCUGGUUAUCCCGCAGAUAAUAAUAUGUCUAAUAAUAAUAACAACGACAAUAACAAAUCAUCAUCAAUAAUUGAAAUUAAUCAAGACGAUAUUAAACUUGAUAACAAUAUUGUAGACGAAACAUUAUCAAAUAAUAAUUCUAUCGAAAUGAUUGAAACUACUAUUAAUGUUAUUAAUGUUAAUUCAUCUGAAAAUAAUAAUGAUGAUAACGACAAAGAUCAUCAAGAUAUACCAGGAACACAAGAAACGGAAGAAAUGCCAGAUCAAAUUAUGGAUCAACGUCCACCAACUUGUGAUCAAUUUGUUAACCUUUACAAAUCAAUUUCUCACUCGGAACCAAUGUUACAUGAUUCAAUUGAAUCACCUAAAAAGAAAUUUGGGGAUAAUAAUAAAUCUGAAAUGAAAUCUGAAUCAAAAUUAGCAUCAUCUCAAGAAAAGAAAAAAUGUGGUGGUGGUGGUAGUGUCAGUGAUACCAAGAAUAAUAAAUCUAAAAAAUCAACAUCAACAUCUGUAAAUAAAUCCGCUUCAAAAUCUAAAAAAUCCGCUCAAUCAGGAGGAACACCGACAGUACUUAAAUUACGAUUAGGAGGAACUUCAUCUACUGCCCCUACUACCACCACCCCUACUAUUACCACUAAUAAUAAUAAUACUUCAUCAUGUCAAGUUUGGUAUCAUGGGACUUGUGUAGGAUUUGGUCCUACUCCAGUAGAAGUUAAUACUUGGUAUUGUGAUAGAUGUAUAGAAAAAGGUGUAACAUCUUAG